AUGGCAAACAAACUGUGGGCCUACAUGAAGAAUAGUACAGCAAUACUAUUACUGGCCGCAGAAGUAUGGUCUCACGUAGAAAUAGAAGCUGAAGACUACUUCUUUCCUUUAGAGCCGGUAAUAAAUUUCUGCAAAAUGGCGGACCAGUGUCAACACGACUUCGUACCUAUAUGCGGCCAGGAUUCUCUCGGCAUCACGAGAAUGUUCAACGACAAUUGUGACCUAUACGAAUACAAUUGCGAUGAGAAGAAACAAUAUCGUCAUGUGAAGAUGGAUGUGUGUAAGUAUGAAGCCGCCGCAGCGGAGAGGGUUGGUGAAUAAUCUGAAUGGUUUAAGUAACAAAU